AUGAAGAAAGUGCAUGUUAUUUUGUCAAUUUGCAUGCUAAUCCUUUUAAUUAUUUUUCGUAUUUUUAUUAUCCAAGAUUACAAUGCCUUUGAUGAUCAUUUCUAUAAACAUGGAGAUCAUGUCCGUCUUUCUGCUAGUAAGAUUGGCCCUUUUCACAAUCCCAGUGAAUCAUACAGAUAUUAUGAUCUGCCAUUCUGCAUACCAGAUCAUGUGAAAUUAGAAGAAAAGAAGGAAGAUCUAGGUGAGGUUUUAAACGAGGAUCGACUCGUGAGUGGUCCUUAUGAACUCGAUUUCUUGGUAGAUAAAGACUCAGAAAUGCUUUGUCGAAAGAAGUUAACAAAGGAUGAAGUUGCUCAGUUUCGAAGAGCAGUUGAUAAGGACUAUUACUUUGAGAUGUACUACGAUGAAUUACCCGUAUGGGGCCUUAUCGGAAGAGUUGAGAAUAGGGAAGAGACAGAGGAUACAAAAUAUUACAAGUACUUUCUAUACAAACACAUACAUUUCGAUAUCCACUAUAACAUGGACCGUGUUAUUGAAAUCACUGCACGAAUGGAUCCAUAUUCUGUUUUGGACCUGACAGAGGAUAAGGAAGUCGAUGCUGAGUUCUCAUACACCGCGAAAUGGAAGGGAACAGAUAUUCUGUUUGAGAAUCGAAUGGAUAAGUUCAUGCAGACUUCUCUACCGCAUAUCUUGGAGAUCCAUUGGUUCUCGAUUAUCAAUUCUUGUGUCACUGUCCUCCUUUUAACCGGCUUCCUUGCCACGAUUCUUAUGCGAGUCCUUAAGAAUGAUUUUAUUAAGUAUGCACAUGAUGAAGAAGCAGUUAAUGAUCAAGAGGAGACGGGAUGGAAGUACAUACACGGUGAUGUCUUUAGGUUCCCGAAACACAAGUCAUUGUUUGCUGCAGCACUCGGUUGUGGUGCUCAGCUCUUUACAUUGACAAUUUUUAUAUUCUUGAUGGCGCUUGUCGGGGUGUUUUAUCCUUACAAUAGAGGAGCUCUAUUCACUGCCCUGCUGGUUAUAUAUGCACUCACUUCUGGCGUUGCCGGAUACACAUCAACCUCUUUCUAUUGCCAGCUUGAAGGAACUAAUUGGGUAAAGAAUCUGGUCUGGACCGGGUGUCUCUUCUGUGGUCCUCUCGCGUUAACGUUCUGCUUCCUCAAUUCUGUUGCAGUUAGUUAUAGUUCUACUGCUGCUCUACCAUUCAGUACAAUUAUGUUAAUAGUACUUAUAUUGACAUUAGUGACAUCUCCACUGCUCGUAUUAGGCGGAAUUGCUGCCAAAAAUAGCAGAACAGGUUUCCAAGCUCCAUGUCGAACCACAAAGUAUCCCAGAGAAAUUCCAGUACUCCCUUGGUACCGUAGUACCAUCCCUCAGAUGGCGAUGACAGGGUUCUUACCGUUUAGUGCCAUCUACGUCGAGCUUUAUUACAUAUUUGAAAGUGUAUGGGGUCAAAAAAUCUACACAAUUUACAGCAUGUUGUUUAUAGUCUUCGUUCUUCUGCUGAUAGUAACCGCAUUUGUCACUGUUGCAUCGACUUAUUUCCAACUAGCCGCGGAAGAUCAUAAAUGGUGGUGGAGGUCAUUUCUCUGUGGUGGAUCAACUGGCCUAUUUAUCUACACCUAUUGCUUGUACUACUACGCGAGAUCGGGCAUGUCUGGAUUCAUGCAAACCUCGUUUUUCUUCGGAUACAUGGCUUGCAUAUGCUAUGGUUUCUUCCUCAUGCUCGGGACCAUUGGUUUCCGCGCAUCGUUGCUCUUUGUUCGUCACAUUUAUCGAUCAAUCAAGUGUGAGUAA